UGAGAACACUUUCAAGCCAAAACAUUAAGAAAAUACCUAGAACCCGAAAAGGGGUAAUACACAGAAAAACAUGUUGAAAGGCUAAGAGCACUGAUAUGGUCUGCAGUAUGACUGACAUACUCAAGCAGUCUCAAAAGAUUUAGAGACACAGAAUGCAAGCAGGAUACAUUCUUGUGCUUUUGAUCCUGCCCAUUUUCUUGGAAGGAUGCUGUCGGAAAAAACACCAAGUGAAAAUAACAGCGGUUCAGUGGCAGCAGCACUACAGAGCUAUGGAGGGGGAAAUCUUCAUGAUGCCAUGCAUAAAAUCUUCGAACAAUCACAAGCAGAUGGUGUGGUCCAGGACUGGAAAAGGAAGUCAAGGAAAUCAAGACAUCCCGUGUGAAAGGAACUUCACUGUGGAAACAAAACAUUCUGGAAAUUACUCAAGUGGCAGCAAGUUUUUCCUUUACCUGCAUGUGGUGGAAAAAGCCAGUGUGGAAUGCUUCAAGCAGGAGGAGAGCAGUGUAGUGCUGGAGCUGGAUAUAGGUGGGAAGGUGCCCUGCCCAGGUGUCAGCUGUCGUAACAACACAGAUGUCAUCUGGUACCAGGGACAUAAACCUGUGUCUGUGCCAGAGCGAGACACCUGUGUUGAUGAGACUGGGCAGUUACAUCUCUGUGUAGUCUACAGAGAGGACACUGGUGUAUAUUACUGCGACAGAAAGAUAAUUGAACAAGGACACUCAUGGACCUUCAGGAGAGCUGUUAGUGUCAGAGUUGCACCUGAACCAGUAAGUUAUCCUCCCAGGAUUCCCAAGGGCAACAUGACGCAGAAAGUGGAGCUUGGUCAGCCUCAUACUCUGGUGUGUGAGGUAUUUUUUCCAACUGAGAAAAGGUUAUUGGUGCAAUGGUACAUUAAUUACGGUGGAAACCUGGAGAAUAUGACUCUACUACCCAUGGAGGAGCAAGAAGAGGAGACAGUGAUAGCUACAGAGAUCAAGGUCUCCCGAAGCACUAUCAUAGAAAAGGUGACUCUACAACACUUGAACCACACAUAUACCUGCAUCGCCAUAAACAGUGUCGGAAACAGCUCUGUCACAAUCAAGCUCAAGGAGAAAACGAAAGUGAAUUUGCCAUCGCUGGUUGGGUAUCCAUUUGCAUCUUUGCUGCUGAUAGCUGGACUAGGAAUCAUCUUGCAUGUGAAAUGGUUGGAAAUACAGAUUCUCUACAGAUCUCAUGUACAACAAGGAAAUCAUGACAAGGAUGAGAAAGAGUUUGAUGUGUUUCUGUCGUUUGUACGGAGCCCAUCUGCAAAUUUGGAGGGAGCUUUGACCAUUUCCUUACAGGAGGGACCUUAUAAAAAUAAGGAAGCAUGUUUAUCCAGCAUGGAUCUGCUGUACACUGAGGAGGGUAGAUCUACAUUAGAAGUGCUGCUACCCCAAGUGUUAGAGGACCAGUGGGGGUAUCGCCUGUGUCUGCUGGAGAGAGACAUUCUUCCUGGAGGAGCAUACACAAAUGAUGUUGUCCUUGCUAUAAGCAAAAGUCAGAUGCUGAUCUGUGUCUUGUCAGCUGACUAUCUGUCCAACAGCAAUGCUGUGUUUGUGCUGGAAUCAGGAAUCAAGGCAUUGCUGCAAAACAAUACCCUUAAACUCCUGCUGAUUUGGACCACUAGAGACUCAGCAGCCCUUGUCCAGCAAGACCCCCCGCUGCCAGCACUGGUCCAAAGGGCCCUGAAGGUGCUUCCCAGUCUGGACUGGAGCUCAGGCAAAACUGCCAGGACAACCAGCAGCUUCUGGAGGUCUCUGAGGAAGGCCAUACCCAGUCAAAGAGUGAACAUGGUUUCCCUCAUGCAGGGACAAUAAACACUCAAAAGUGAUCUGUUUCAUUUUCAAGUGAGCUUUUUGAAAACCAACAUGGCUCAGUUCAAAAUUUUGUUUCAAAACAAAACUCAUCUCUUCCCCGACAUGAUUUGACAUAAAGAUGAUUUGCUACCACUAUUUGUGUUCAAGAACUUUGUUCUCAAAUUUUCAUUUAUUUUAUAAAGCAGCUUGUAUUAGUGGAUAUGCAAUCAUGGAAACGUUGCAGGCCAAAGCAAGACGAGAGUGAACAAAUGAGUCAAGUACUUUCCAUGCUGGUAUGGAAACCAAAUUAUUUACCCUUAUUUAUUUAUUUUUUUUAACAAGGGGAAAAAGUGAGUCACCAUUUGUUGCAUACUUACAAGAGUGUAUGUUGAUCUUUAAUUUCUAUCUGUUUAAGUCAGAAAUGUAAGUAAUAAUUACCUAUUGAUACAGCACUAAACAUUACAAUUUAAAUGAAUUAGGGAUUUCUGAUAGUUCAUAGAACAAUAAUAAAAAUAUAACCUAUAAUAUUACCUUUAAUAUGGCUGUUUGUAAAGGUUUAAGAACAGUGGACUUGCUGUCAGUUGUAGAUCUUCUCGUCUCAACAUACAUGUCAGUAAUAAACAUUUGACAC